AUGAUACCCUUUAUACUUUUUGUUAUUGCAUUUUUGAGACAAGCCUUAUGCUACCCACAGGCAAUUCUUUCACAUCAAAUAUCUCCCAAGGUAAUGAUAGUGUCAAUGUUCCAACCAGAGGAAGAAGCAUGGACUUCAAAAGUUGAUUUUCAACACAACAUCACCGUUCCAGGUUUACAUCCUUUAUACCUGAAUGUUCAUUGCACUUUUAAUUUUGAUAUUUGUCAAUUUACAACUGGGGAAGGAGAGAUAAAUGCUGCCAGUUCGGUGGCAUUUUUAAUCUCAAAUUCGAAAUUUGAUUUUUCAAAGACUUAUUGGUUGUUGGCAGGAAUUGGUGGAGGUGACCCUGCUAAAGUAACUACUGGAUCAGUAACAUUUGCAAAAUAUGCUAUACAAGUUGGUUUACAGUAUCAAAUAGACUCUCGAGAAUUGGAUAGUACGAAUUAUAAGGAAGGUUGGACCGCAGGAUAUUUCAGUUAUGGGACAAAGCAUCCUCAAGACUAUCCUGAUUCAGUUUAUGGUACUGAAGUUUUUGAAGUAAAUGAGAAAUUAAGGGACAGAGCCAUGGAGUUAUCCCUUAAAAAUGAAAAAUUGUUAAAACUUGGUGAUGAUGAUAAUGUCAAUUUAAGAAAAUUAUAUUCUAGUCCUGCCAAUAAAAUUCCAACUAUUUUAGCUUGCGAUGUUUUGACUAGUGAUAAUUAUUUCACAGGACAUGUGUUAAAUGAUUACUUUAGUAGCUAUGCCCGGUUAAUCACUAAUAGUUCUGCAAAUUAUUGUUCAAGUGCACAAGAAGAAAAUGCUACUUUGGAAUCAUUUAUUAGAGUUGCCAAAAAUGGCUUGAUUGAUUAUGAAAGGAUUGUUAUUAUGAGAACAAUUUCUAAUUUUGUUGCGAAACCUAAAGACUUAUCAAUUGACGCAAUUGAGUUUUUCAAUGAAUAUCCUAAAGGUGGUAUUCAACAUGCAUUAGACAAUUUGUAUAUUGGUGGUUGGCCGUUUGUUGAAGAUGUAAUUAACAAUUGGGAUAGUUUAUACGAAAAUGGUCAAUCUUUCAAAGCAGAGAAUUACCUAGGUGAUAUUUUGAAUACACUUGGUGAACAAGGUAAAGAUUUUGGUAAAGAUUCUUAUCACAUCAGUUGA